UUUAGAGUGCAUUCAAGGGAGAUAACCCUCAUUUGUAUCGAGACGGAACCAGGAGAUUGUCAAAGAGAAGCGAGAGACAGAGAGAGAGAAAUCACUUGAUGUAUCAAACAGGAAUCAUCACGUAUCGAUUCCAAAUCCUCCAUCUUUAAAAACAAAAAAACAUUUAUUCACCUUUUAUUCACCUUCGUCAUAACAUCGCUCAUGUUUCUUUUGCUAAAUUCCCCGAGCCGUUUUAAGAACUACGAUGUUCGCCCUUCACGUUCUGGCCCGUUCCUUCCCUUCUUGGGUACCGUUCUAUCGUCCUUGCUAUUGUUAUCAAUAACACCUCGAAGAACCGAAGCAGCUGUUUCCGAUGCUACGAAAUUCUCGUCGAAUGCGGACUUCAUCCAUCACAAUUACGACCAGAUGGUCGCCUUGCUGGACGAGGUACACAGCAAAUGUCCCGACAUCACAUUGGUUUAUAACCCUCCUGGACAUUCGGUCGAAGGGAAAAAUUUAACCGUGAUUGAAUUCAGUGACGAUCCUGGAAAACACAUUGCAGGGGAACCGGAGUUUAAAUAUGUCGCCAACAUGCACGGCAAUGAAGUGGUUGGACGAGAGAUGCUGCUCCAACUGGCCGUGUACCUGUGCAAGCAAUACAAAGCAGGAAAUGAGCCUAUCCAGUGGCUUGUUGACCAUACUCGUAUACACCUGAUGCCAUCAAUGAACCCUGAUGGGUGGGAAUUGGCCAAUAAGCAUCUGAAAACUACCGGUAGAGAAGACUGGUUAAUUGGUCGUGCCAAUGCCAACAAAGUUGAUUUAAAUCGAAACUUUCCUGACCUCAACAACAUCGUCUAUGAGAACGAACAGACCCACGGACCAAACAACCACCUCGAGAAGUUGGCAUAUGCAUUGAUAACACCAGACUUAGAGUCGGAGACAAAGACAGUUAUGAAAUGGCUGAGUGCUUACCCAUUUGUCCUGUCAGCUAAUCUGCAUGGUGGUGACUUGGUAGCUAACUACCCAUAUGAUCUGACCCGCAGUGGUAAACAAAAAGAGUAUAGUAUCAGCCCUGAUGAUGCGACCUUCAGGUACCUUGCUGAAAGUUACGCUAAGAACCACAAAAUAAUGAGUAGCAACCACAGCACCUGUGGAAUGGCUAAUGAUCAGAACUUUGGAAUUCAAGAUGGUAUUACAAAUGGUGGAGAUUGGUAUUCUGUGUCCAGAGGAAUGCAAGACUACAACUACCUGGAGACAAACUGCUUUGAGAUCACCUUGGAACUCGGCUGUGAUAAGUUCCCACCAGCUUCACAACUGAAAAAAUAUUGGAAUGACAACAAGAAUGCUCUAAUUACAUACAUGAUGCAGUCUCACAUUGGUUUGAAGGGUUUUGUGUUAAACAGUAUGACCAAAGAACCAAUCAAUGAUGCAACAGUGAAAGUUCUUAAUAUGACAGAUGGACAAUAUAUAAACCAUGAUAUUACUUCAGGCCACUAUGGAGAUUACUACCGACUAUUGAUUGAUGGCUUCUAUGAAGUUGAGGUGACAGCUAAGGGCUACCACCCUCAUACCCGCUGCCAAAGAGUUCAGAACAAGCCAUUGCACGAAGCUGUUGAACUGAAUUUUGAGUUGCUGUCACUGCAUUACCCCAGCCAAAGAAAUGUGCAGGACAUUUUGCACUGUGAACAGCUGCGAGCUCUUGCCAGGAACCAACAAAAUAAGGUUGAAACUGAGCAGGAGAUUUAUGACCAGUUGUUAAAUGAUAUCUCAAAUUACUUUAAUCGGAAAAGACGAAUUGCUUAAAAAAAACAAAAAAAAACAGACGAUGAAAAAUGAAAGAAAAACCGAAGAAAAAAAGGAAAGAAGAAAGAAAAAAUAGCAUGUACAUAAAAAAAAAGAACACCAAAACCAAAGAAAAACCCUGUAAUACCUCCCACCCCACCAUCAACAUUAGCAUUUUAAGUUAAAUUAACAUUUUAACAAUUUAGAAAACAAACUAAACGACAUGAAAUUAUGGCAAACCUAAAAAGUAAGGUGCAGUGAGGUUAUGGGGUGGGACAGAAAAAUAAUUUCUUUUAAUCAAAAUAUUUUUAUUUAAUUUUUUUUGUUUUAUUUGGCUCAAAGAUCAUGCAUUUUAAUUUUUUUAACGAGGGGAAGGGCCUGAGAGCUGGGACAAUUGUGAUGUUUAUACUGUUUAUUCUAACCACCCCACUAUAUCCCCCCAUAUCAUCAAUCUUCAAAACAUGCAUUAAGUGUAACGGCUUCAACUUGGCCAGGAUUGAAACCUUGGUCAGUUCUUUGUGGUUGUGAUGUUGUGAUGUUCAGCUGGUGGGAGAUUUUCUCUCUCUCUCUCCGCUGAGUUCUAACAAUACUCAUUACUUGUCCAUUUUAAUCUAAUUUUCCAUUAAUAAAUAAAUUAGUAAAUUAAUAAAUUCAGAUGUUAACGAUAUUUCAUGAUAUGGGGGAUGGCUUGGCAGAAUUAACAGUGUGUCAGGCAAAACAUCUGGCAAUUUAUAGCAAUGGGUCUUUAUGUUUUGAGUUCAAAUUUUAUGAAAGUCAGCUCUGCGGAGAUGAUAAAAUUAAGGACCAGUCAAAACUGGGGGUCAAUUUUAUUAACUAAACCCCACUUCCUCUAAAUGUGAGGCUUUGUGCCUUUGUUAGAAACCAAUUUAUGAUGAUAACGAUGCUGAUAAUAUCAAUUAUUAUUAUUAUUAUUUACUUUUAAUUUGCAUGUUUGUUACAAUCACUUGCUGAGACACACCCAGCGUCCUAGGGUGAGUGAAGGAUAAGAGAUGUUACAGUAUGACCAAAAGCUUGGGGAGGGGAAGUGGCAGGGGCAGUAGCGAAAUAUCUUCAUGUAAUACAACACAUACAUUUAAACUGAUAGGGAUUUUCUAAGGAUGUGGGCAGUACUUGUCAGCACAAUCUUUUGGAUUUCUCUGAGACCUGGUUCUCCUGGGAUAUUAUCUAGAUGUUUCUGACAUCCCUUUCUUAUCAUACCUAUUAUUAUUAUUAUUAUUAUUAUUAUUAUUAUUAUUAUUAUUAUUAUUAUUAUUAUUAUUAUUAACAUAGGCAUAAGGCUAGAAAUGUUGUGGUGCAGGAAACAUUUGAUGUUGUUGACCCCAGUAUUUGACUGGUACUUUAUUUUACCUACCACAGAAGGAUGAAAAGCAAAACUAACUUCAGCAGAAUUUGAACUCAAAACAUAAAGAAACAAAAGAAUAUGUUGUCCUUUGCUCUACUGGUUCUUCCAAUCUGUAUUUAGAAAUAAUUUUAAGGCAAGCAUUAAUGAUGAUGAUGAUAACGAUUUGUUGGAGAGGGUAACUUUAUUUAUUGACCCUCCACCUCUUUGAGGGAUGAAAGGCAAAGUCAGCCAUAGCAGAAUUUGAACUGGGAAUGUUCUAAAUUUUAUAAUUAUUAUGAGAGGUGCCACCUAGGGAUGAUCCAGGAACCCCAUCCCUACAGUCAUUUUCUACCCCAGACACUGUUUUCCCUCUCUUGGGUGUAGCCUGGGUUUCGACCACAUUCCUUGGGAAGUAUGCCUUUAACUGUUGUUAACUAUUUAUGGGUAUCUCUGACACCAACAAUCUACCAUUUUAAGGUUCUUCCUUUUUUUCUUUCACAACAAUAUUUAUAUUUAUUUGUCUUCUUUAAUUUCUUCAACAGUUCAAUUAGGCUCUCAUUAGUCUUUCAGAGAAUUGUGAAUUGAAUUUGAAGCACUCCUGAAGACACAGUGCCCUUCUAUGAAUAACCUCUAGUAAUCUACUUAUCUUUAGAUGGGGGUCACUCUUUUUUCGAUCCUUAUUUUCUCCUUUGUUUUUUCAUUUUUUCUAUUUAUCUUCAAACCCUAUCUUCUUUCCAUUACGACAAAAUGAUUGGAGAUCCUUUAGCCAAUUGAUGCUCUACAUUUGUCAGUCCCUAGUGCUGUCGGAGUUGGAAAUAUCGUGAUUCUGUCAGUUUCUGAUUCUGCUACAACCGUCUUCAGUUUAGCAUUCAAUGAUACUUUUGGAAGCUGCAGACACCUAGGUAUUUCUCUCUGUUGUUUGUACUUCUGGACUCUACCAUUGUUGCUAUUCCUCAAUGCCUUAUUCUUUAUUUUAUUUUCUUCUUCUGGGUAGGAGGUCCUCAUAGGGUUUUCAUUCCAUACAACAACUCAACCUUCUAUCCUGCACUACCACUUUGAUUGAUCUCAUUUCUGCACCUAUAUUGAUGUAUUUGUCCAGAAUCACCUGGCAGUUUUUAAUAAUCAUUGUUAUUAUAUUACCUGCAAAUUUUUAUAGACUCUGACUGACCACAUCUUAUUGCAGAUGACUUUUGCACUUAAUACUUUCCCACCCUGUCUCAAUGUCAGAAUUAAUACCUGGUCAGGACCCCUUAUUCCUUCAGCCCUUAUACUGCAGUAUCAUCUCAUUGGGAGAUGUGUGGUACCUGAGCUCGGCUUGCCUUCUCACCUCGUCCUCAAUCUUAAACACAAAUCAGGUGCAUUUGAAUGCUCUGUCCUGUUUGAGUGGGGGGCAUAUCCUGUCACUACUCAUCAACCAGGUUUUCCUGUAGCAUCUUUUUAUUUAUUGCAUCUGGAAACCUCUGUUCUUUGCAAAAAAAACAGAAGUUUGUCAUUUGAUUCUUGUCCUUUUCUGGAUAAAUUCUUCAACUAGAUGGCACUCUUUCUGGUGACGUAUCUCCUUGGGUGAUAUUGGCUGGUAAUACUUUCAUUACUAUUUAUACUUUUUUCUUUUUAUUUAUCUAAAUUAACAUUUUCAACAUAAUUUUUUUCCAUUCUGUUACUGUAAUUGUUUGAGCUUGAAGUACUGUUUUUUUAAUUCAAAUUAUUAUUACUAUUUUUUUUUUUUUUUUUUGUAAAUCUGAAUUUGUUUUGAUGAAAAUUUUAGCAGUUCUGUAUUUCUUAUUUUUUAUUUUGCUACAACAAUAUGCUAAAUACUUCCUUGUAUUAUCACUCAUCUGACCUUAUUAAAGCACAAACAACAAUGCAAAUGACAACUUGCCAAACAUGUUCACGCACACAAAUAUGUGUAUGUGUUAAUGUAAGUAUUUAAAGAGAUUUGUUUUGUAAGGCCAGAAAAAAUGUGAGAACGUAUGAAGUAAACUACAAAAGGAAUAGCUAUGAAACAUGUGUAGUUUUUAUUUAACUUUUACACUCCUUGGAUUCUUGGAUAUAUAGGUAUGUUGGUAUAAACAGGAAAAAUAGAACUCAAAAUAUGAGUAUAUGUAUAUCUUUAUUAAUAGGUAAAUGAUAGGAUUGCCUCAAUCCUUCAGGGGUAGUCUGAAGCAUCCAAGCAACCAGGGGAUGUUUAAAUCCGGAGGCACUCCUGGGAAUCACCUGUGCGGGUACUGUCUUGGUUAGAGGGCAUCCAGAGGCAGGUAAUUUACUGUUUAAACCGUAGUUUAUAAUUAUAUUUAUGUGGAAAAUGGAGCAACAAAUACAAGAAGCAAUUCUGUUGGGCUAGUUGGCCA